AUGCAUCUAAAUCAUGAUAGGUUGCUGUUGAAAGAAGCUAAAAUGAUAUUCCAGAAUGUAAUGGGUAUCACAUUUCAUUUCAGAUUUCUUUUAAACAGAAGACCCUUAAACGGGUGCAGACGAUACGGUUUCCAGAAUUUUCGUAAACUCAAGCACAAACUUCUGGCAGCGUCUCCGCCUUUUUCAUCGUUUGCUGAGGAUAAAUGGGGUAUAAAGUUGCUUGGGCUACCUUUAGCUCAAUCUAAUUUUGUGUUGAAUGUGAAAAAAGGAAUGAUUCUGUUUCUUUUUGAGUUUGAGAGGAGGCAACUUCAUGGUGUAUUUCGUGCUACUUCUAAUGGUGAAAUCGACAUUGAACCUAAUGCAUUCAAAUCAUCAGGAAAAAGCUUUCCUGCUCAGGUUCGUUUUGCCCCUGUCUGGAAAUGCAAUCCUCUUUCUGAACAUGAGUUCAAAGCUGCUAUUAAAGAAAAUUACUUCUCAUGGAAGAAGUUCAAUUUUGGGUUAUCAAAAGAUCAGGUAUAUAGACUUGUAACUCUGUUCCACUCCAAAAGAAUCCCUAAAAAGCCCUCAGAGGGAGAUGCUAGAAGAUUUGGUGAUUAUAGGAAUACCAUUAGAGAUAGGGUUAGAGAAGAUGAAGUUAAAGAAAUAGAUGAUCAGGGCUAUAAGUAUAAUAGGAUACAAGAUGAAUAUAAUGUUAUAAAUAGUUUUGAUCGAGGGUAUUUUGGUCAUAAUGAAAGAGUGGAAAGAGAAGAAAGAACAUUGACUGAACAACACCCACAAUAUGAACCAAGAGGGACAGAUUAUGAUGAAGAUUUUGGUUUUGGGGAUGUUAAUGUUACUUUUUUAUCUCACAUUAACCAAAAUAAUUCCGAUUUUAUCCCUAUUUCUCAAGUAUCAUCAGAGCAAUUUCAACACCCUUUUAACAUUGGAAACACAUAUGAAUCUUGUCUUCCUUAUUUGACAUCUGGUGAUCCUUCAGUGAUUACAUUACAUACCCCUUACAAUCCUGAAGUUCCUGAUUUUUGUCACAGAUUGAGGGUUGAUAUGCAUGUAAAGAUUUGACACAAUUUUGAAAGUCUAUGGUGUUAACACGACAAGUUUUGGGUGUCUGAUUCUGAUUCCAUUUUUGUAUACUUGUAAGUAUUUGCUGAUCGAUAUUGUUACAAGUAGUUACUUUUGAUGUCUUGUUGUGGAUGAGUUGGUGGUAGGUUGUGUUGUGUCUCAUGUUUACAUGAUUAUUGGUAUUUGGUUUUAGUUGUGGAGUUAGAACUUAUUUUUAGGGACAAAGUAAAGAAUGUUUAGAUUUUGGGUUUUGGUUUUGUGAUUGUUGGAAGAAAUAUAUGUUGUUACCAAAGUCUAAGCUAAAUCAUCAGCAAU